CCUCGGCGGGGCGGGAGGCUGGCUCGGCGCCACCACCCCCGAGAACCCGCGAUCGCGCGGCGCCGAGCUGCGGGGCUGCCGGGACCAUGGCCACCGACUCGUGGGCUCUGGCGGUGGACGAGCAGGAGGCGGCGGCCGAGUCGUUGAGCAAUUUGCACCUUAAAGAGGAGAAGACCAAGCCCGAUGCCAAUGGUGCUGUGGUUAAGACCAAUACGAAUGCAGAGAAGACAGAGGAAGAUGAGAAAGAGGACAGAGCCGCCCAGUCACUACUCAACAAGCUGAUCCGAAGCAACCUUGUGGAUAACACAAACCAGGUGGAGGUGCUGCAGCGGGACCCCAACUCCCCGCUAUACUCUGUGAAGUCCUUUGAGGAGCUGCGACUAAAACCACAGCUUCUCCAGGGUGUUUAUGCCAUGGGUUUCAACCGCCCCUCCAAGAUUCAAGAGAAUGCCUUGCCCCUGAUGCUUGCAGAACCCCCACAGAACUUAAUAGCCCAGUCUCAGUCUGGUACUGGCAAAACUGCUGCCUUUGUGUUGGCCAUGCUCAGCCAAGUCGAACCUGCAAGCAGAUACCCUCAGUGUCUCUGUCUCUCCCCGACCUAUGAGCUUGCCCUUCAAACAGGAAAAGUGAUUGAGCAGAUGGGCAAAUUUUACCCUGAGCUGAAACUGGCUUACGCUGUUCGAGGCAAUAAAUUGGAGCGUGGUCAGAAGAUCAGUGAACAGAUCGUCAUUGGCACCCCGGGCACUGUUCUGGAUUGGUGCUCUAAGCUCAAGUUCAUUGACCCCAAGAAGAUCAAAGUGUUUGUCCUGGAUGAGGCCGACGUGAUGAUCGCGACGCAGGGCCACCAGGACCAGAGCGUCCGCAUCCAGAGGAUGCUGCCCAGGAACUGCCAGAUGUUGCUCUUCUCUGCCACCUUUGAGGACUCAGUGUGGAAGUUUGCCCAGAAGGUGGUCCCCGACCCCAACAUCAUCAAGCUGAAGCGCGAGGAGGAGACGCUGGACACCAUCAAGCAGUACUACGUGCUGUGCAGCAACCGCGACGAGAAGUUCCAGGCCCUUUGUAACCUCUAUGGGGCCAUCACCAUCGCACAAGCCAUGAUCUUCUGUCAUACACGCAAAACAGCGAGUUGGCUGGCAGGCGAGCUCUCCAAGGAAGGCCAUCAGGUGGCGCUGCUGAGCGGGGAGAUGGUGGUGGAGCAGAGGGCAGCUGUGAUCGAGCGCUUCCGGGAGGGCAAAGAGAAGGUGCUGGUCACCACCAACGUGUGCGCCCGCGGCAUCGAUGUCGAGCAGGUGUCUGUCGUCAUCAACUUUGACCUCCCCGUGGACAAGGACGGGAACCCUGACAACGAGACCUACCUGCACCGCAUCGGGCGCACGGGCCGCUUUGGCAAGAGGGGCCUGGCGGUGAACAUGGUGGACAGCAAGCACAGCAUGGACAUCCUGAACAGGAUCCAGGAGCACUUCAAUAAGAAGAUCGAAAGGUUGGACACUGAUGACUUGGACGAGAUUGAGAAAAUUGCCAACUGAGGUGUGACCUAGGCGCUGCCCCUGCGUGGAGAGUCAUAUUUUCCCAGCCUGGGCCUCAACCUCACACCCCAGCAAAGGCUCGAGCAGCGAAAAACUACCUACCUCACUCAAUUACGUUUGGACUGGACAAAAAUUGUACAAAUAAUGGGGGAUGGUAGAGAAAAAUGUUUACAAAACUUUUGAAGAUUAGGCGUGAAUACACAGAAAUUUACCUUUUGGCAA